AGAAUAAGGAAAUAAAAUAUGUAGAGACAAGAAAACAAAAACAAAAAAGAAAACUCUUUGCUUCAUGCUCUUUAUGACGAAGAGAGCCUCUCGAUUCAGAUCAAUAAUCCGCGACCCUCUGUGCAAAUCCAUCAAAACCCACGUCAAAUCUUCGAAAAUCGAUCGAGCCCAUCUCGUAAUCUCACCUUCCCACUAGCCACAGCAGGCUCUCUUCUCCACCCGUUUUCAACAAUAAGCAGAGGUGGAUGUGAAUAAAUGGACGUAAAUUUUGUGUCUGCGUUAACAUGCAGUGUGUGAAUACGUGGGUGAGUUUGAAUUGCAGAGCUGAAGUGUGAGAGGUUGAAGAUGCCGAAUCAGGUGGCGAAAGUGAAGAGGGAGACAAUUACAGCAUGCAUGACUUGUCCGCUUUGCCAUAAGCUCUUCAGAGACGCCACCACCAUCUCUGAAUGCCUUCAUACGUUUUGCAGGAAGUGCAUAUAUAAUAAGAUUUCAGACGAGGAACUAGAAUUCUGUCCAAUAUGCAAUAUCGAUCUGGGUUGUGUACCACUGGAGAAAUUAAGGCCAGACCACAGUUUGCAAGAUGUAAGGGCUAAGAUUUUCCCUUUUAAGAGAAGAAAGGUAAGGGCACCUGAAGUUAUGCCUUCAGCUACAUUACCCGCUAGAAGAAAGGAGAGAUCUCUCUCGUCAUUGGUGGUCAGCACUCCCAGAGUGUCAACCCAGGCUACCAUGAUGACUGGAAGGAGAACUAAAGCUGUUGCGAGAAAGGCUUCUGCUUUACAGGGAUCUAGUUUUUUGGUUGAAAGGCCUAUAAAGAAAGAGGAAGAUUCCGCCGCGGAAGAUCAUCCAGAGCGUUUCAGCUCACCCGAGGCCUCAAAUAAGUCUGGUCAAAAUAACAGGCAGAGUUCUUUCUCUGCCGAGCCUAGCAAAUCUGUACCCAUUAAAGAAACUGAGAAUGGUGGUGAAGCAAGGGAAGGGAAAUUGGAUCUUUGGAAACCACUAAAUUUUUUGGUGGAAGUUGCAAAUAGGACCAAGUCUCACAAAUCCAAUUCACAAGGGUCUGAUAAUAAAGUAGAACCGGUGCAUGUUAUCGCCAGUGAAUCUCAGGUUCGAAAACCCAAAAAUAAGGAAAAUAAACAGAAAUCAAAAGUUGAGGAUGAAAAAAAUAGCACUUAUCCUAUCUCUCCAGAAACAGUAAAGCCCAAGAAGCUGCGUAGGGUUCGCCGAAAGAGGGAAGCAUUUGGAGAAUCAAGCAUUUCACCCCAAGCUGUUCUGGAUGCAGCCAUUGGCAAACAUGAAAGAAGAGUUGGUCCAAUUUGGUUCUCACUUGUAGCUUCUGAAGACCAGGAAGAUGAACCCUUGCCGCAAAUUCCUACAAAUUACUUAAGAAUAAAAGAUGGAAACGUGCCUGUUUCGUUCAUCCAGAAGUACCUAAUGAGGAAGUUAGAUCUCACCAAUGAAGCUGAGGUUGAGAUCAAAUGCAUGGGACAACCAGUGGUUCCCACAUUGCAGAUGUAUAACUUAGUCGACUUGUGGCUACAAACAUCAUCACCUUCACAACGAAUUACUGCAUCCAUUGGUUCCUCUGCAAAAGAUUUUGUGAUGGUGCUCGCUUACUCUCGAAAGGUCUCAAACUCCUAAAAGAACGACAAUAUUUGUUUCCCUUCGAAUCUCCAGGAUGGUCGGGAGGCAGCUUCUGAUCCGGCAUGUAUGUUAUGAGUAUGUGUUGCAAUUGCCAUGUUGUCUACUGCAGCAGCCUAAAGAAACACUUGCUCGUGCUCCCACUUCCAUAGUCUGGCAUGUUGUUCUUGGCAAAUGGCCAUUGCGACGAUUGUAAUAUUAAGGUUUAGAUAAAAAGAUUUUCUUUUUUUA